AUGUCCGAUAUAGCCACGUCUAACAAACAACAAGCACAAUCUGCUACCGAAAGUCGACUGCUUUCGAAAGAACAAGAACAACAAGAAUACACAGAUUUAAUCAACUCACUCCCAACGCGAUGGGAAAUUGAACUAGAGUUUGUUCAAUCAUUAAGCAAUAUCCCUUAUUUAAGCUACCUAGCUCAGAACAAUUACCUCCAAGACCCAUGUUUUGUCAAUUAUUUAAAGUACUUGCAGUAUUGGGCUGAGCCACAAUAUCUGCGAUAUCUAGUUUACCCCAACUGCUUGCACAUUUUAUCAUUAUUGCAACUGGAACAAUUUCGACGUGAUAUUGUUAAUCCGGAUAUUAUGAAUGUAUUGAUGAAUGAUAUGGUGAAGAGGUGGCAGGAUAAUGGAGAUGGCGAUUUGAAUAUCAAGGAUGGCACUACCAAUGGGGAAAAUGAAGAAGGUAAGAACAAGAAUGAGAGUGAGAAGGAAAAAAGGAAGAGGGACAUCAACAGGAGGAAUGGUUCAGAAGGGGUUGUUGAGACUAUAGACGAGGAGCAGGAGGAUACUGAGCCGAAUGGCGGGGAGAUGAAAGAUGAAGAUGGCGAUGUCAAGAUUUCAGAAUAG